CGAUUUUUACCGUCUUGCAUUCACUGGCAUUAGUUUGAUACCAUCUUGACAACACUAUAUGAUAGCAGAUUUUAAAAAGUUCCUAAAAAUGUUGAAUCACUGAAAUGGGAGAUAUACAAAUAAGUACUGUUCACAUCUAUGCCGAACCUGAUCCUAUAAGAGUGAGAGACCCAGUGAAGAUGAAAUCUUACAGAACAGCUACAAUGUGUUUGGUGCUGCUGUGUGUUCUUCUACUGACUGCAGUCAUAGUACUGUGUGUGAUGUUCACUCAAGAGAGAGAUCGGCUAAUGAAGAAUCUUAACACAGCAGAUGGAUGGAUUUACUUUCAAUCCAGUUUGUACUUCAUUUCACCUGAAAAGAAGAGCUGGACUGAGAGCAGAAGUUACUGUAGAGAGAGAGGAGCAGAUCUGAUCAGCAUUAACAACAAAGAGGAACAAGAUUUUGUUAAUAAAACUUGUAAAGAAAUCGUCUGGAUUGGUCUGACUGACAUUGAGGAGGAGGGCAAAUGGAAAUGGGUUGAUGGCAGCACACUGACCAUUAGAUUCUGGUGGCCUGGAGAACCCAACAAUUAUAAAGAUGUUGAAGAUUGUGCUCUAUCUUAUAAACAAGGGUGGAAUGAUGUGCCAUGUACAGAUGCUUUUCAAUCUAUCUGUGAAAAAAACAUUUUUAAAUGAUAAAUAUACAGUACUUCUCAGCUGGCUAUAUCUACCACAACAAAAUCUCUGUGUGGGCAUUUUUAUAAUUAUACAUUUAAUAAAUACAGCUUUUCAGUCGAUUAAUUUGAUUGUAUUUAGUAGUGUGUUUAGUAUUGACUUUAAAACUGAUUAUCUCUCAUAAUAGCUUAAGAAUAAAUAUAUCUCUGCAACAACAUAUUGUCAAACUUAGCAGUAAGAACCUUAAUCUGUAUUGCAAAUUUUUUUCCAAACUGAACAUACCUAUUUUAACUAAUUCAACACAACAGUCACAAAACGUUUUCUAACACCAGCCAUUGUCAACAUAUACCCUACUGUACAAGUAUCUAAAUACAUCACAAAUAAAAGCA